AUGCAGACGUGGAAAUAUAAAAGGGUGCGUGGCCACUCGCUAAAGCCGGGAGGGCGGAGUUUGCGGUUGGACCCUGAACUUCGUGUGUCGUCAGUGUUUGGAAACUUCCCUGAGCAAAAGCGGAACGUGGUACGCGUGUUUGAUAAGGACGGGGGCCUGAGGACGCGUGAGGUCGGAGUGAAGCGGUUUCAGUUUGCGCGGCUUUCCAUCUUUUACAUGCUGCGCUCCCUGACCUGGCCAAUCUUGUGCACAUAUCUGUUUGUGCUCUACCUCGCGGUCCUGUUUGUGUUUGCGAUGCUGUACUUUAUCUGGGGCAGCGUGUGUGGGGCGUGGCAAGGCACCACCUGGGCAACGGCGCUCUACUUCACCGUCGUGAGUCUCGCAGCAAAUGGCGGCUACUUUGGUGAGCCGGCCGACACGAUGCUGUGCCCCACCCACCCCUGCUUCUCUGGUCGCACCUUUAUUGUGAUGCUGCUGUCGUACACCAAUAUCAUAUUUGUCGGGCUGGUGGCGGCUCUCGUGGUGGGAAAGGCGGAGUACGGCGGGAAGCUCAGCCAGCGCAUCGUGUUCAGCGACUUCUGCUCCCUGACACCGCUGCCGGGGCGCCGGGAUCGCAGCUGGUGCCUCACCUUCCGCAUGGCGAACAGCGACGGACAGAAGCCGCUGGCACACGGCAGGCUGCGGGUGUUUAUCAUCACUGCAGAGCCGCUCAAGGACCACCGUAUGCUCUGCAAGGCGGAUACGACAACGCAGCACGCUGGAACGGCACCUGGAAAACUGCCGCGCGGCAAAGGCGAGGACGACGGUGGACGCCAACGGUCCCACAGGGCGCCGACGCCAGUCGCGGAACCCGCUCGUGAAACGGGCGAGGCAGAGAGGGAGGCAAGUGCAGGUUUUCACUCAUGCCUGGGCACGCCGCGGGAUGAAGUCGCACAGGAAGAAGCGCCGGGGGAGGCCCGCCAGACGCCUGUGCGUGGCGAGCGGCAGCGCCGUCGCCGUCAGAAGAGGCAGCAAUCCCCAAAGGUGUGUGAAGCCUCGACGGAAGGAGGCGGGGAAGGCGAGGAGGAUGCGGCAGGGGCAAAGAGUAUCGCUCUCCUGUCGAUAACUGAGGUCGGCGGCAGCAACAGCAGCGCGGCCGCUGUUGAUGUCGUUGGUGGCCAGAGGCACAAGGACUACGAUCCGUUGCUUUCCGCCACAACGGGGGGAGAUCCUGUACAGCAGCGAUAUUCUGCCACUCAGCAACACUCCAUCGUUGAUGCUGGUGGCUCUUCCGGCUACUCCGAGGUGCGCAUUCCGGUAGCGGUGGCAGGCGGUGCUGGUGGCAACGAUGACAGCGACAGCAAUGAGGAUUAUGAUGGCUUUGAGCGGGUUAGCAUUUGCGUGGAGGAGCUGCGCUGGGAAUGCCCCAAUGAGCGGUACGUGGAGGCGCGCCAAGGCCAACUUGCACUGUGGGUUCCGGUGAGUAUCACGCAUGUUAUUGACCGCCAUAGUCCCCUUUACCGCUACAUGGGACACGCGGGGGCGGACGACGCGGAGCCAGCGACGAUGAUGCAACCCGGCGCAGCAGGGUGGGCGACGAACUCUCUCUGCUCAUUCCAGAUAGUCGCCACCUUUGAUGCGACGGAGAUGGAAAGCGGGGCCAACAUCAUGGCAAAGCGCACCUACACGGCGCACGACAUCGUCGCACACUAUCAGUUUUCGAAUAAAAUGGUGCUUGUUCGGCCCGGCAGCCGGGAGGUGCUGGUAGACUACCACUACUUUAACGAGAUGCUCCCUGUGCCCACGGGGGAGUAUGUCGCCACUGACAAGGAUGUACCGCAUAAGAGUGCAUGA